GCCCCUCCGAGCACGUUGAGGUGGUGUGGAUUGACCAGGAGGUCGUGAACACCGACGCCUGCGGCAUAAAGGAUUGGUUUGGUGGACGAAAAGUGAUCAACGUGUUUGAAAUCCACACUGAGAGCUUCUCCAUCCCGAGAGGGGCGAGGCGGAUUGUGAGGGGCAAAUAUUGCGCCAACCAGGCAUACCAGGUUGGGGACCAAUAUGCCCUGGGGCUGCAGUUUCACCCAGAGGUGGAUGAGGAGAAGGUGAGGAGUUUGACUGCACCGAGUUUUCCGUCGCUCUACACGAGAGAGGAAAUCAUGGCUAUGGAUGAAGAGGAGUCCACACGAUUGUCUCCCGCAGCCAUGACUCGUGAUGACAUUGAAUUGUGUCUGCGUGAUGGGCGCAUCGAGCGGAACCUGCCCAUUGCAGACAGUAUUUAUGACACGUGGUGCUCGGGGUUCAUUCUGUAA